GAAACAACUAACAUGGUCUCUCUCUCUACACACACAACAAAAAUACUCUCUCUCUCUCUCUCUCUCUCUCUCUCUCUCUCUCUCCUACCACUGUGAGUAAGUAAGUUAGUGGAACCUCAACUCAACUCUGUUCAAAAUAUACAAUAGAAUUUGAAUGGAUAACACACCACCAUCCAUUUCCACAAACUUUUUAUUCCUUCUCUCUCCUUAAUUAUAUUCCCAUAAUACCCCUCUUACAAUCGUCGGCAGUUGAUUUUGUUGUCUUCUGAGGAACAAAACUACAAAUAAAGAACACCAUCAUAGGAAAAUAAAAAUAAAAAUUUGAUCAAAGGGACCCCAUUUUUUUUUCUAUACCUUUGUCAAAGUGUCAAACCACACUUUUUUUGUUUGUAUUUUUAUGUGAAAAAGAACAAUAACAAAAGGAGGUGCUUGUUAUUGUUGUUUGUUGUUGGUGAGGUGCGUAGGAUAAGCUUCAAAAUUGGGUUAAGGUUAAGGGAUAAUAGAAACAAGUUCAUUAGUCUUUGUAUUGAAUUUUCUUCAAUACCCACUUGAGAAUUCUCAUAAAGUUGCAUGCUUUUGCAUUUGGAGGAGUUUUAAUGGAGGCCAAUUUUGGAUUUUGCUUGUUCUUGUUGGUUUUGUUGGUUCCUUUCACUUGUGCUGGUAGAGCCACCAUCAGCACCACCGCCGGCGGAAACAGCGGUGGUAGUGAUGGUGGUUCAAUUCAGAAACUUGAGGUUCAGAAACACUUGAAGAAUUUGAACAGGCCACCUGUUAAGACCAUCAAGAGUCCUGAUGGAGAUACUAUUGACUGUGUUCCUGUUUCAAACCAACCAGCUUUUGAUCAUCCUGAACUAAAAAAUCACAAGAUUCAGGUGAGGCCAAAUUUCCAUCCAGAAGGGAAAAUUUUUGGAGAGAGCAAAGUAUCUUCAAAAUCAAAGCCUAUAACUCAGCUUUGGCACAAAAAUGGAAGGUGUUCUGAAGGAACAAUCCCUAUUAGAAGGACCAAAAAAAAUGAUAUAUUAAGGGCUAGCUCUGUUCAAAAUUUUGGAAAGAAGAAGCACAAAAGUACCCCUCAGCCAAAACCUGCAAAACCUCUACCUGACAUUUUCUCUGCUCAGAGUGGUCAUCAGCAUGCCAUAGCAUAUGUGGAGGGAGGAAAUUUCUAUGGAGCAAAGGCAACCAUAAACGUUUGGGACCCAAAAAUUCAACAACCUAAUGAGUUUAGCCUGUCUCAAAUUUGGAUUUUGGCUGGUGCCUUUGGUCAAGAUCUCAACAGCAUUGAAGCAGGCUGGCAGGUCAGCCCUGAUUUGUAUGGUGACAAUAACACUAGACUCUUCACUUAUUGGACAAGUGAUGCAUAUCAAGCAACUGGUUGUUAUAAUCUUUUUUGCUCUGGCUUUAUUCAAAUUAACAAUGAUAUAGCCCUUGGAGCAAGUAUAUCCCCACUUUCUAACUAUGGUUCUUCACAAUAUGAUAUAAGCAUCUUGGUUUGGAAGGACCCAAAAGAGGGAAACUGGUGGAUGCAAUUUGGGAAUGACCAUGUUCUUGGAUACUGGCCAGCUCCAUUAUUCUCUUAUCUAACUGAUAGUGCUUCAAUGAUUGAAUGGGGAGGAGAAGUUGUAAACUCUGAAUCUGAUGGACAACACACCUCAACACAAAUGGGAAGUGGACAUUUCCCUGAUGAAGGUUUUGGCAAAGCUAGUUAUUUCAAGAAUAUUCAGGUUGUUGAUGCUGACAACAAGUUAAGGGCUCCUAAAGAUCUUGGUACUUACACUGAAAAAGAUAACUGCUAUAAUGUCAAAACUGGUAGUGCUGGUGAUUGGGGCACCUACUUCUAUUACGGUGGUCCAGGUCGAAACCCUGGUUGCCCGUGAUCUUUAUUGUUAAAAUCAUGGUUUUAAAUUGCAGUCGCAGUUGCAGUUACGCUACGAAUCUUAAUAUUGUGGGAAAAUAUGGUUGCAAUGUCGUUGCGGAGACUACAAAAUCUUUUACAUUGCGGCCGCAAUUGCAGUUGUGGAUCGCAAUUUAAAACCAUGGCUGAAACUUUAAGAACUAAAAGAAAAAAAAGUUAAAACUCAAACUAGGGUGUUAUCUUUUGAAUUGAUCAAGUAUAGCUAGUAACUUGUGGUAUAAUGAAGCUCAAAAUUCUCGUUGAGGUCUCCAAAAAUUGUUGGAGAAAAAGGGUGAUGGGUUUCUUAGAUUGACAAAAAAAUGUUUCAUAAUUGAUUUCUCUGUUUAUAUAUAUAAAUAUUUGUUGUAUUUGUCUGCUCCAUUCUCUGGAGCUGGAAAAGCUGGUUUGAUGUUAAUGUGACCAGAAUAUUCUCUAGUAUUGGACAGUUCAGUAUGUAUUUAUUUAUUUAUUUUGGUACCAUGUUUGAUUAAUGAAAAGUUGUCUUAAUAAAAA